CACGUUACCGAGCGUUCCGCGGCAGUCAGAGAGCCACCGCCUGCCCAAACAGGCGGACGCUCAAGCCGACUGACAGUGUUUACAGGCGGUUUGGCGGCUCCGCACUCAUCAGUCUGUAGUCUUAACGACUGACAGUCCUCCAGGACACCGAGUUGUCGUGUUGUUCGGGACAACUCAACACAAGUCUCUUACACUGCGCUUUAAAGCCGUUAACGUUACACAUGUGCGGGAGACACGGCGGGCUGUAUCUUUUGAACGUAAACCGUUUGGAGCACAAAGUCAGAGUGGAACACGUGUAGCUCGUGUUUUGACCAAUCAGUCGUAGGGGCUCGAGCACACGGGUAUAAAUUAGAGGCGGUUGCCGUAGAGACGUCCGCCACCGAAGAGUUGAACGCAAGAGCCCGUGGUGUCUCGUAAGGUAAUGCUAGCCAGGAAAACGUGUGAUGAGCACAGUUUCCCCCCUUCGUGGCCUUUGGACAACAUGAUGUCUGAUGUGAAAGUGUGUCCCACCCCGAGUGGAAAUCCCCCUCCGCCAGAGGUCAUAAAUCCAAAGAAGCCUGGACGUGUAACCAAUCAGCUCCAGUAUCUGGAGAAGGUGGUGAUCAAAGCUUUAUGGAGGCAUCAAUUUUCAUGGCCCUUUCGUCAGCCAGUUGAUGCAGUGGCACUGCGUCUCCCAGAUUAUUACACAAUUAUUACAAACCCUAUGGAUCUGAGCACUAUUAACAAACGUCUUCAGAACAAAUAUUACUGGCGAGCACUUGAAUGUAUACAGGACUUCAACACCAUGUUCACCAACUGCUACGUGUACAAUCGGCCGGGAGAUGACAUUGUUUUUAUGGCUCAGACCCUGGAGAAGCUUUUUUUGCAGAAAGUGUCCCAAAUGCCUCAGCAAGAGUGUGAAGUUCCAUCAAUCACUGCAAAGGAACCCAUGAAAGGCAGAAGGACAAAUGCAGGUGCAAUACAGCAGAGACCCGUAGUGUCGGAAGUUGUUCUCCAGCAGACAGUGACAGUCAUUCCUCCUGAUGUGUCUAAAUACAUGCAGCCCAUCCAGCUCUCUGCACAAAUUGAUACAUCAAGUAAAAAGGGGUUUAAGAGAAAAGCAGACUCUAAACCUGCCACCACUACCUCAGUGAUCCCCAGCUGUGAGGUAACCUCUUCUGGAGAAACUCCAGGAUCUUGUCCAUUCUUGUCCAGGAGAGGCACUGGAAGGCCCAUCAAACCUCCUAAGAAAGACUUGCCUACCUUCGAGGGCAAGAAGGUCAGACUGUCGGAGCAGCUCAGGUACUGCAACGAUAUCCUGAAGGAAAUGCUCUCAAAGAGACACUAUGCAUAUGCAUGGCCCUUUUAUACCCCUGUUGAUGCGGUUGCUUUGGGCUUGCAUGACUACCAUGACAUCAUCAAACAGCCAAUGGACCUGAACACCAUCAGGAAAAAAAUGGAUCAACGAGAGUACACAAAUGCAAAGGAAUUUGCUGCUGAUGUCCGACUCAUGUUCUCCAACUGUUACAAAUACAAUCCACCUUCACAUGAGGUGGUCUACAUGGCACGAAAACUGCAGGAAAUUUUUGAGGCCAGAUACCUGAAGGUUCCCCAAGAAGCAGAGAGUUGUUCCAUACCUCCUCAUCGCUUUGAAAAGGGAAACGGAGACAGAGUUCAAAGUCCGUCGUCUGACAGUGAAAGUUCUGACAGUGAACUCUCCUCAGAGGAGAAGAGUUCAUCUAAAGAGGUGGCCACGCAGCUGGCCCAUUUAGAGGAGAAGUUGAAAGCUGUCACUGAUCAACUGAAGAGAUUUACCCAAGAUCCCCUGAUGAAACCAAAGAAGAAGAACAAGCUGAAAAAGGAAAAAAGAUCCAAAGAAAAGGAUAUUGCUCAACUCAAUCGCAAAUCCUCAAAAUACAAAUCUAUUGUAGAAAAAAUGUCCAGCAGCAAGAGAUCGACUUUGUAUGGCAACAGACACAACAGUCAUGGGGCCCUGCCUGUAAAAUGUGAGGAUAAGUCAUCAAUACCAGUGACUUACCAGGAGAAGAAGCAGUUGAAAUUGGACAUUAACAAGCUGCCUGGUGACAAACUGGGCAGGCUAGUGAACAUCAUUCAUGCCAGAGAGUCCUGUCUGCGGGAUUCCACUCUAGAGGAGAUCGAAGUUGACUUUGAAAAGCUUAAGCCCUCCACACUGAGGGCCCUGCAGAGGUUUGUUACAGCGUGUCUGAAGAAAUGCAACAAGACCGUGAGCAAGAAAAGGCCGGUAAAGCUCACAGGAAGAACCAAAACUGGAAUACUAAAGGAUGCUGGGAGAUCUCAGGUUGCCAGUAAAGAGCAGCACCUGAAGAAAAAUAACCCAGCAGCUAAAGUGAUGGCGUCUCCUGACCUCAGCUGCCCUUCACGCCUCAGUGUUAGCAGCAGCAGCAGCAGCAGUAGCGGCAGCUCGUCAUCCAGCUCUGACAGCAGCAGCAGCAGUCAUUCUGCGUUCCAUAGCACUUCUGAUAGCAGUGACUCUGAAUCAGUGCCAAAAACAAAGAAGCAGAAGAGUAAAGACUCUUGCCAAAAGGUUAAGACGAAGUCGAAGGUGACUCGUGCUGCCUGUAGUAAGCAGAUAUCGGAGACUAAAGAUUUGACCAAAGUCAAGACCUGUCAGCCUCCUCCUGCUGCACAGUCCUCGGUAGCAGAAACCAAAGGCCAGCCAACACACCAUAAUGCAGACCAGACCUGUGAUCAGCUGUCCAUAUCACCUCCAGAUUUGUCUGCCCUUUUGUCCCCCAUGGCAUCUCCAGGAGUUUUGCUGGACUGGGCUGCCACCAGAUUUGAGCACGGCCCGGUGCUGUCCCCUCUGACAGACAGUCCACUGCAGUCCAAAGAUGAGACCAAGUCCAUGCUCAUGCCAGAUUUCAGGUACACUGAGGAUUUCCCUGACAGUCAGAUGACUAAUGUGCCUUACACCAACUCAACAAGUAAACCUACUGAAGAGGAAAAAUCCCAAAUUCCCAAAAAGGACAUUGUUCUAAAAAAUGCUGAGUCUUGGGCAAAACUGGCGAGGCAGUCAGUCACUCCAACUGCAAUCAAGUCCUCAAAGGAAAGCUUUCAGCAGUUCCGUAAGGCUGCCAUAGAAAAGGAAGAACGUGAAAAAGCACUGAAGAAGAAACAGGUGGAAGGAGACAAAGAGAAGGAGACUCCUGAAAAGAGCAGCUUACCAGGCCCAGGUAAAGCAGAAACAAACCAAACACAACCUAUCAAAGAUGAACCUGAUUCACCAGAGAGCAUUUGCACAGAGGCUACCUUAAACACUUCUGAAGAUCUUGAGCAGAAGUCUCCCAUAGAAACACAAAGCCCUUCCACACAGUCUCCAGUGGAUAGAGAAAGGGAGAUGGCCCGCAAAAGGGAGCAAGAACGUCGGAGGCGAGAGGCAAUGUCUGGUAUUGACAUGACUAUGCAGCGGGACAUCAUGACUACAUUUGAGCUUAACUUGGACUAGAAAGAAACUGAACUUGAAAAAAUGGCCCCAUGCAAGACUUGUUAUCUCAGAGGAGAACAAGCUGUUGGUUCUUUCAUGGGCACAAAAGACAACUUCAAAACUUCAACCCCUAUAUAUGUUCCUGAGACUUAAAAAAUUAAACUGUUGUCAGAAAAAAAAUUCAACAAAUUGUCCUUAGUUUGUAUUUGAAAUGGUUGGUAAAAAUGUGUACACUGACACACCGUUGAAUUUGAGAUAAUUGGGGUGAAGCACUGUCAAAAAAUGUUUUGUGCAUGGUCUUCUGUUUAUUUGCACAUAUGGUUGAGACCUCCGUCAGCUGACAGUUGUGUAUGACAAGCCAAUGCAUCCAUACACUGUAGUUAAAUUGGCCACCUUGUUGUCUUGUUGCUAAAAUGUGCAGUGUUGUUUUGUUCUUUUGUUAAGUUAUCCCAUUUGAUGUACCCUUACCACUACAUUUCAGUUCAUCCUCACUCAAAAAAUACUAAAUGUAGGCAAAACACUGGAUUAUAUCUAUAUGUCUGGUGCACGUGUGACUUUUUUCUUUCUUUCUUUAUAAAACAUUUUUGCACAGAAGUAAAUUUAAAAUUUUGAACUAAGAAGAAUUGGUCCUUGCCAAAGUUUCCAACAUUGAAUAGAAUGGAAUCUCAGUUCCUUGUUUGCUUGACUACUUGAAAAAUGCCAAACAUUGUGUUUACUGUACAUGCACUGCACUUUGUUGUUCAUACAGUUCUGGCUGUUCCAAAGUUGUUUUUGGAGAUUAUCAACAUAUUCUGUAUGUUACAGUUUGUAUAUGCUAAAAUAAAUAAUUUCUUUGUUCGUUUUUUUUUUUACUCAAUAAAGCUA